AUGGCCGUGGUUUCCGUGGGGAACGACUUGCAGACCCCCAUCGAAGUCAAGCUUCGCAGUGGGAAGUGGCAGGUGGUGUAUCCCCAGAGGUCUUGGGAUGUCGAAGUGCCGGAUGUAGUGGCCACCUCCGUGCAGAUUCGGUUGCGAGAAAAUCCAGCAUUGAAGGGCAGCUGCAAGGUUACCGAUGGCUCCUCAGAAUUAUGGGCCUCCGUGGACUUCGAAGCUUUCAGCCGGGAGGCGAAAGGCCGCGACCGAGCCGAGGCCCGGGAGCUGGCCCGCGAAGGCAAGCGACGCAAAGAAGCCCAGAUGCGGACCGAGAAGAUGAUCCAGGAGGCCGCCGCUGAGAAGCGGAACACAGAUGCAUUGGAGAGACUGCAGAAAUUUGCAGUUGUGACUUGUUUUCCGUUGGUCCUCCUGAUCAUUUGCGUUGCAAUCCCGCCCGGAAGUGCGCUGGCGGCUGCACUGUUAGCGAGCGCCACGCUGCCGUUGUGCUGCUGUUUUAGUCCUCUGAUCGUUGGUCUCAGCUGGCGACGAGAAAAUGAUGACUUUUUUUUGGGAAAGUACGCUGUCCGGGCCCGUUUUGGCUUCCGUCUUCUGGGGUUCCUCGCGCUGGCUUUGCUGCUGCUGAUGACGGUCCAACACGCUCUGCAAGGAUUCUCGUGGACUGCAGCCAUCCUUUGGCCUGUGCCCUUGUUUUGUGGCGGCGGUUUUGUUGUCUAUUUUUUGAGCGGCGACUUUGGGCUCGAUGACGAGGAGAAGGCCACCCUAGAACAAGAGCGCGAGGAAGCCCAACGCGAAAUCAGCAACCGGACCAUCCGCUUCGAGGGGAGAGUCGUCUGCGAACGCGGGCGGCCCUGCGUGGCCAGCUGGCCUGGGAAGUACGCGGGAGCAUGGGAAUCUCUCGUGUCGCAAGGCCGGAACGGCCAAGUCAGCGCAGCCGUCGUCUUCCUCCCUGAAGGCACAGACGACUACGGCCAGUGCGACAGCAUCCCGGAAGCUGAAGGCUUGCCCGGCACCUGCUGGUGCACGCCCCUCUACGGUGAACAGAAGCCUUGGGGGUGCAGGUGGUUUACCAAGUGGAGGCAGAACAUCGAGACGGCCGUGGAGUCCGGAGCAGAGCUGGAAGUUUACUACUUCCAGAACCAUGUUGGCAAAGGCAAGGUGGAGAGCUUCAACACGGCAGGCGACGACAACCUCCACAGGGAGAAGGUCAACAAGAAACAAUGCGACUUCGAGGAGUCUCCUGAAUUCAAGCAGGCGCUGGACGCAGGUCUCGGCAACCUCUCCCAGGAGCCGCGUGGCGACGGAUCCUCCCAGCACAGCCGUGAAGCCCGGCGCCUGUUCCUCGCCUCCCUCUCGGAGACAGAGCGCCAGUAUCUGGCCACCGCAGAGGGCCUCGGCAACUCCCAGAAAGCCGAGGUCGCCUGGCUGGAAAAGAAGGGCUACACGUACUGGGAGGUGGACGUCUCCACGUGGCUCCCGGGAGAGGGAGUUGAGAGAUACGUCCCGAUAUCUGGCGAACGAGAACCACAAAUUUAUGGCCGGAGCUCAGCUCCAACGCCGGAUAGCAAACUCGCCCACUCUGAUUUUGAGAGAUCCUGCCUGCGGAAUUCAGCCGCCCUGGGGCAAGACGACGUUUCACUCAAUCUCGAUAUCUCGAGAAUAG